UCGAAGAGCCAUAAUUGUAUGUUAAACGUAUUGUUUAGAGAUUUUUGAAUCUCCGAACCAAAUGUAAAGAUAAUUAGACAAAAUUUAUCAUAAAAUGCAUAUGCGUUUAUGAUUAAUUUUGUAAAAAACGAUAGGCAACAGACAACUAGUUAUUUUUACUGAAGGCUGAUGCUGAUUAUUUGUAACGUUCGCACCUUUAGCGAUAUAUGGACAAAUAAGGAAACUGAGUAUCUGUAUAAAUACACAAUAAAUCAUUAUGAAUUAAACUUUAUACCUCCAAUAGGAAGAGAUCAUUCAUAAUUGAAGAUUUUACAUCCUGAAAGUAUUAUAACAUAUUUAACAAACAUAAAAAAAUACGUUUUACAUAAAUAGUUCAGAUGAUAAUAUGAAGUAUGGGAAUUUGUUCAUCAAAAAAGAAUUUUUUUAAAGGGUCAAACCCUUUGACGAUUCUUCUGCUUGGUUUAGAUGAUGCAGGGAAAACGACAUUGUUGUACAAGAUUCAAAAUAGAAACAGUGUGACGAUGCCAACUAUCGGAUUUAACAUUAACACAAUACACCCACUGAAGGGCGUUCAUUUUAAUUUGCUUGACAUUGGUGGUGGGGAAAAAGUAAAAGUAACAUGGAAGCAGUAUUAUAGAGAUGCAGCGGGUAUUUUAUUUGUCGUUGACAGCAGUGAUAAAGGGAGACUACAGGAGGCGAAAGAAGCCCUACACCUGUACAUAGUGAACUGUGAAACAGCGGCAAAUAUUCCAAUAGGAAUCCUAGCUAAUAAACAGGAUGUUCAAAAUGCCCUUAAUAAAUCUAACAUAUCAUGUGAACUGGGUUUACAUCAGCUCACAAACAGAAAAUGGUUCGUAAAUGGCGUUAGUGCAAAAACAGGAGAUGGAUUACUUGAAAGCAUGAAAUUGAUGUCAGAUACAAUAAAAAAGAAAAAAUCGUCAAGAUAAUAUAGUAUGUGCGAUAAAUUGCUAUAUACAGUAUGAUUUAACAAGGCCAAAGAUCAUAGGAUACUGAGGACAAAUUUAAAAUUCUUCAUUGAAAGCAACUUGUGACAUAACGAUGUUGAUAUACGAAAAGACAAAAUACAGCUACUUAUAUUUUCUAUUGAACAUAACGUAACAAUCAAAUAGAAGAACGUAGCUCGUCGAUGUUGUUUGAACCUAUUAUUAUUAUAUACCAAGUUUACUCAUCUGUAGAGUAAAUGGAAUGUAAUAUGUUUUUGUUCUAUAAAAAUGAAGUGUUUCCUUAAAGUCAUACUCGGAGUUUAGUAUUUUUGUGUUUUUACUUUUUUUGAAACCAGUGAGUUGUGAAAAAUAAUGUUUAUCCAAUUCUUGAACCAAUUCAUGUAUAUAUCAUAAACUUAUAGUUCUGUGCACGAUUUUGCCAUUUUUUACCCAAAUAGAUAUGGAUAAUCGCAAUCUUUUUCUCUCUCUGUCUGUUAUGAUUUAACAAAUAUGGCUGCUCAUUAAAUACCGCGUUUUAAAGCCGAAGUUUGCCGAUUGUCACCUUAUAGUAAACACAUAACAAAAACCAUGGGCAUUGAGCACGUGUUUAACAUGUACAAUCAGAUAAUUGUUUAUUUUAAUGACAGAUCCAUGCGUAUUGCGAUCACCGGAUUUUACGAGAAGGGUUACGCUCAGGUCAAUAUGCAUACCACGGUGGGUAUGGUUGUCCUGCGAGAGAACGUACUGUUCUGGUGAUUUGGUCCUGACGGGUGCUGGUGGGUCCUGAUUCUGUGCUGGUGGGUUUGUUUACAUUGUAUCAGAACGGCAAUAAAACGACUGUUUUGUUGCUUAAUUUUUCUCUGAAGUGUCAUAAGUACCAUGCAAAGUAUAUUACAACAAUAUUAUAUUGCAAAAGUCGUGCAAGUUCGUCAAACGGAAUUGUCCUGACGCUGUGCUGGUGAUAAGAAAAACGGUCCUGGUUCUGUGCUCCUAUGUCCUGGUUCUGUGCUUUUAUAUUUUAGUUAAAAGUGGCAUAUA